CUUUGUCCAGGAGGAUCAGAUGUCCAACAGCAGCUCCAUCACCGAGUUCCUCCUUCUGGCCUUCGCAGACACACGGGAGCUGCAGCUCCUGCACUUCGCGCUCUUCCUGGGCAUCUACCUGGCUGCCCUCCUGGGCAACGGCCUCAUCCUUACCGCCGUAGCUUGCGACCACCGCCUUCACACUCCAAUGUAUUUCUUCCUCCUCAACCUCGCCCUCCUCGACCUGGGCUGCAUCUCCACCACUGUCCCCAAAGCCAUGGCCAAUUCCCUUCAUGAUACUAGGGCCAUCUCCUAUGCAGGAUGUGCUGCACAGGUCUUUCUUUUUCCCUUUCUGAUAUCAGCAGAGUAUUUUAUUCUCACCAUCAUGUCCUACGAUCGCUAUGUUGCCAUCUGCAAGCCCCUGCACUACGGGACCCUCCUGGGCAGCAGAGCUUGUGCCCAGAUGGCAGCAGCUGCCUGGGGCAGUGGGGUUCUCUAUGCUCUGCUGCUCACUGCCAAUACAUUUUCACUGCCAUUGUGCAGAGGCAAUGCUGUGGACCAGUUUUUCUGUGAGAUCCCCCAGAUCCUGAAGAUGUCCUGCUCACGCUCCUACCUGAGGAGUUUUUGGGUGCUUGUGAUUGGUGUCUAGUUAACGUCCGUGUGCUUUGUUUUCAUUCUUUUUUC